AGAGAGAAAGAGAGAGAGAGAGAGAGAGAGAGAGAGAGAGAGAGAUGGUGGGUGUGAAUGAAGCCGUCUCUUUUAAAUGUAUCAUCUGCUUCAUUCGCACACGGCGUCAGUCUGUGAGAGUUUGUGAAAGUGUGAAGUGUUAUAUGAGCGGCUUAUAAACGGCUUAUAACAACUUUCUCACAGCUGUGGGACAAACAUUUGCCUCAACAUUUGGAGCCUUGAAUCUCACCAGCACACAAAUAAGUAAAACUCUCUCCCGGCUCUCCAUUUGAUCCACUUGGCACCUUGAGAAAAGAUCACAUUAGUGAUAUUUCUUUCUCGACAGGAUGAUGACCGAAGAAGACAUGGAUUACGACAACAGCACGUACGAGUACAUGGAAUAUGGCUAUGUGGAGGAGUCCAAGGCCGGAGGGUACAGUCAGCGAGAAGCUCUUCACAUCAUAUCCGUCAUCAUCUACAGUCUGGCCUUCACGCUGGGCGUCAUCGGGAACGGCGCGGUUAUCUGGGUAACAGCCUUCAAAAGCAAAAGAACCAUCAACAGCGUCUGGUUGCAGAAUCUGGCCGUGGCCGACUUCGUGUUCGUGCUUUUCCUGCCGUUCUCCAUCGACUACGUGCUGCGGGAUUUCCACUGGCUCUUCGGGACGACCGUGUGCAAGCUGAACUCCUUCGUCUGCACCAUGAACAUGUACGCCAGCGUGCUGUUUCUCACCGUCCUCAGUUUGGAUCGCUACAUCUCAUUGGUCCACGUGACAUGGUCGCAAAAUUUCCGAACCGUCCGCCGUGCCUGGUGUGCGUGCGCCAUGAUUUGGAUCGCGUCGUGCGGCUUGAGCACUCCCACGCUGAUAUUCCGGGAUACGAUCCAGCAUAAUGGCAAAGUGGUGUGUUUUAAUAAUUUUCACGACGAGAGCGGGCACAUGGUGAGAGUAAGACACACCGCCAUGGUGUUGCUGAGGACGGCGGUGGGUUUCCUUCUCCCGUUCGCCACCAUCACCGUCAGCGGAGUGCUGCUGGCCCUGAAGAUGCGGCGGUCGAAUUCGAUGCGUUAUUCCAGUUUCACCAGAACCGUCUCGGCCGUCAUUCUUGCCUUUUUCAUCUGUUGGGUCCCGUUUCACACUUUCAGCCUGAUGGAGCUGAGCAUGCACCACACCACCUACCUUCACUCGGUACUCAUGGUGGGCUUUCCUCUGGCCACCAGCUUGGCUUUCUUCAACAGUUGCGUGAACCCCAUCCUUUACGUGCUGCUCACAAAGAAAGUCAGAAAACUGUUGAGGAGCUCGUGUCUGAACUUCACAAAGAGCUCGCUGAGAGAACUGAGUCAGUCUGUGUCCGCUACUGAGAUGGAUUUAGUGCUGGACACCUGUUCUCAUGAAGAACCCAACGCAAACUCUUCUGUCUGACAAACACUCAGCAUGGACUAAAGAGGAGUUCUAGAGCUCCAGCUGGGCUGAAAGAAAUGGGAAACGCAGGCUUUGUGAUAUGACAUCUUUAAUAUGCUAACUGUUAGCAAUAGGGUAUAUCAUUUAUCCUGUAGGGAAUAUAUAUAUGUUUCAUUAGUAUUUCUGAAAAUCACACAAGAAAUGUAUUCCAGCUUCCCUUUCAAGAACUUUAUUUUGAACAAAAGUUUAUUUGUCAUACAUCUCUCUCUCUAUACUGUAUAUAUAUAUAUAUAUAUAAUUAAUAAACCUUGUUUUAAAUUGG